AUGCGCAAGGACAACCCUUUGACUUUGAACUCGACAAGUCCAUGUUCGACAACAGUUAAUUGUACUCAACUUAAUGGGGCAGGCACUUGUAGCGCAAUUGGUGGUGGAACUACAAACUAUCAUUGUGUUUCUUGUAAAUACGGUUCAAAUACAUAUAAUAGUCCAUGUCCAGCGGAUCCGUGUUUGUCAGCAACUCCUUGCACAUCAAAUAAUAGCAGCGGUGUUUGUGUUGCAUUUGGUGAUGGAACUGCAAAUUAUCAAUGUACAGGAUGUACUUAUAGUCCUAAUGUAAACAAUACUGCAUGUCCAAGUAAUCCUUGUCUGACGGGUGCUAAUUGUACUCAACUUGAUAGUGUUGGUACUUGUGUUGCAGUUGGAAAUGGAACUACGAGUUACCAAUGUACCAAUUGUGUUUAUGGUUCAAAUACUCUAAACAAACCAUGUCCAGCUAAUCCAUGUACUAUGGUUAAUUGUAAUUCAGCAAAUAGAGGUGGAACUUGUGUCCCUCUUCGUAAUGGAUUUUCUGAUUAUGCAUGUGCUGGUUGCAAUAAUGGAUCAUCUGUAUUAAAUGGAAUUUGUUAA